CCCGGCGACGUCCCGCGUACACCAGCUGACUCGGUACACGCCAGUCGGCUUUCUUGCUUACAACGGAGCGGUCGGGCGCGUGUGGCAUGCUCAUUCAAUCUAAACAACUGGACCGAGGAAAGGAGAGAGGAUCGUUAAAAAGUUUCGAAAGUUAACAAACACCCACAAAUGGGUAAAUUAAUGUGCAACCCGAGUGGGAUCUUCGUCGUCACGAUGAUGCUCCUCUGCAUGACCGCAUCGCAGAACAAUGACAAUUUUCCUACGAUUUUGGGGGGAAUCGAGAACGUCGCUAACACUGCUACGAAUUUUCUGUCGGGAAUCAUGCGACAACAGAAACGACUGAUAGACCGCGUUACGGACACAGCAACCGAGUACAUAACGAGCGCAGUUGAGAGGCCGAGGAAUCUGCUGAUAAACGCAACCAGAGCGACGACCGGCUACAUUGACAGCGCAGCUUCCAGAGGCUUGGAGUUCAAACUCAGGCGUUUCCUGGAAAAACUUCGCACGAGGAUGCCCUACGGUAUUCCAGAUCUCGGCAUCCCACCCAUGGAACCGUUGCAGCUCGACGAGAUAGACAUCGAGAUCGACAAUCAAGAAAUAGGAAAGUACGUAAUUGAAUGCUUCGGUCACCUGCAACUUAGAACUGCUGAAGCCCCUGUCCGUUCUUUAACUCGAUGCACCUCAAAUCUCAUGUUUAAACUACUUCCCACAAGUUUGACUGCUCUAAUGCAAAUGCAAAAUAGGAGGAGAAUACAAUUUGCGACGCGUUUGUAUGCGCAGGUAUUCCAGGAGCUGUUGCCCAAGGCACUAGACAUAGUGAAGCCCGAGAUACUUCCGCCCAUCAAGAGUUACAUAGGCGGUAAAAUUAACGAAACUAUACAACAUCUCACCAUGAGGGACAUAAUUAGCGUGCUUGUGGGCCCAAGCGAAAUCCGGGAGUUCGCGCACCUCCUAGUCCCUUAAAGAAGACAGUAAUCCAGAAAAUUCACAUAAAACCACAGAUAUUUUUAAACGAAAUAAUCUCAUAAGAUUAGAAUCUCAUAAGAUACGACGUUAGUCUUGCCUAGUAGUGGAG